UUGUGAAAUGAGUGUGCAAUAUAUAAGCCUGCAAUCAACAAUUUUGUGGUUGAAUCUGUUUGUCUUGUUCAUCCACCACAAUGUGUUGGCGUUUCAUCUUGAAAAAUCAAGAGUAUACCUUUUUGACGAGGUUGAAACAGACGUUGGUUAUAACUUUUCCGAGAAUAAAUCAUCGUUGACUAUAUCUCCAACUAGUGAGAAAGCAAACAAUGUUGAGGGGAAAUUUGAUUCAUCCUCAAACUUUACCAAACUUCCUCACGAAAACCACACAAUUAAUUUUGCACCCCAUCAUCCCAUUGGUGAAAUACAAUUCAAAGCAGAUGAAAACACCUCAGUUGAAACGUCAGUCAAGCAGUUCACUACACCAAAGUUUGAAGAUGUGAUGGAUCCGCGGUUUGUAGAAAGUGAGAUGACCAGAUAUUUCUUCCUAAGAGCGAUUUCAAAUCUGAUAGAACAUAUCAUGUCAGCUCUAUUUGCUGUGGAAGAUCUGCAACAAGUAACUGAAUCACCACAUUUUGAUUAUGACUUGUCACCUUCACACAACCUGAGUAAGAGAGGUGCUGCUGAUCCUGGAGAGCAUGUUGAAGAUAAAUAAUGAAGAUCUGAAUGCUAACCAUACAUCAGAGCUUAAAAAUGCUGAUACAAAUACUUCAAGCGUUGAAAACAACAUUAACAAAAGUAACUCAAACAGUUCUCACUUUACAGGUGGA